GUCCUGGAGUCUUGACCCGAACUCUGCUCAAUGCAGGUGUUAGAGUGGUAGCCCUAGAAAGUAACUCAGCUUUUCUUCCGAACUUAGAGUCCCUAGAGAAUAGCCUGGAUGGACAAUUAAAGGUAAUUUAUGGUGACUUCUUCAGACUGGAUCCUUUGGCGAAUGGAACAGUGAAACCACCUGCUAUGUGUUCUGACAACCUUUUUGAAACCAUGGGUGUGGCGGCAGUUCCUUGGAGGGCAGAUGUACCUGUGAAAAUUUUUGGAAUCUUACCACAAAAAAGGGAAAGGAACAUACUUUGGAGGCUUGUUUUUGCCCUGUAUGAAUGCAGUUCCAUAUACAGAUAUGGAAGAGUAGAACUCAACAUCUUUAUAAGUGAAAAACAGUACAAG